GCCGAGCCGGGCCGGGCCGAGCCGAGCCGAGCCGAGCCGGGCCGGGCGGAGGGGGCGGCAGCGGGCGAUGCGCGCGGGCUGGGCGGCGCCUGAGCGCGCGGGAAGAUGCCGGUGAAGAACAGGUACAACCUGGUGGACGAUGGCUGCGACUCGCGGGUCCCCCUGCACAACGAGGACGCCUUCCAGCACGGCAUCCACUUCCAGGCCAAGUACAUCGGUAGUCUGGAUGUGCCGAGACCCAACAGCCGUGUGGAGAUCGUGGCAGCCAUGAGAAGGAUUCGGUAUGAAUUCAAAGCAAAGAACAUCAAGAAGAAGAAAGUGAGCAUCAUCGUUUCUGUGGACGGAGUGAAGGUGAUUCUGCGCAAGAAGCAGAAGAGAAAAGAAUGGACUUGGGACGAGAGUAAGAUGUUAGUGAUGCACGAUCCUGUCUACAGAAUCUUCUACGUGUCGCACGACUCGCAGGACCUAAAGAUUUUCAGUUACAUUGCAAGGGAUGGCGCCAACAACUCCUUCAGAUGCAACGUUUUCAAAUCCAAAAAGAAGAGCCAGGCCAUGCGGGUGGUGCGGACAGUGGGCCAGGCCUUCGAGGUGUGUCACAAGCUGAGCCUGCAGCACGCACUGCAGAACGCGGAUGGACAGGCGGACGGCGCCAGUGACAAGUCUGUGGAAGAGCAGCCUCUAGAAGUUCACCAGCAGGGGGGAGCCAAGAUCGUGGAUGUCGAUGAGGCUGACGUGGACUCCGAUGGCAUCGGUCUGUCUGAGAGGGGCGCUGAAGAGCUGCCCUCCCCCAUGGGGGAGCUGGGCAUCCUGAAAUCCGGACAGAGCUGUCAGGAUGCCGAAAACUGCUCCAUCUACCCCUCUGUGUCCCAGCAACUGCUGAGUGCAAGCAGCCCCUGCUCCUCUGCCUCGGCAGCCCCCCUGGCAUCUCAGCACUGCCUGCAGCUCCUCCAGCAUCAGCUACUGCAGCAGCAGCAGCAGACCCAGGUGGCUGUGGCACAGGUGCAGCUGCUGAAAGACCAGCUGGCUGCCGAAACAGCCGCCCGCAUCGAGGCUCAGGCCCGGGUGCGCCAGCUGCUGCUGACCAACCGCGACCUGCUGCAGCACGUCUCCCUGCUGGUGAAGCAGCUGAAGGAGCUGGAGAUCAAGGUGCAGCACAGACAGCCAGUUGACAGAUCCUUGCAGAACCUGUCCCUGGCUCAGUCCCUGUCUCUGAACCUGAAGAACCAUUACAGCCUGGAACUCAACCUGCCCUCCACCUCCACCCCAGCCAGUGUCCUGGGCAGCCCGCUGGCCCCUGGCUCGCUGGCUCUGCUGGGCACUAGUGCCUCCUACCUCAACCUCCUGAGCCUGGAGAAAGGCAGCAGGGGCCCUACUGCCACGGACGGGGACGAGCACCUGGUGGUGCUGGAGGGGCAGGAUGGUCUCCACCGGCAGGUGGAGGGCUCCGAGGUCAGCGACCAGGCUCUGCUCAAUGGUGGCGGCAGGCAGAAGGCAGGCGACCCGAGCAGCAGAGCAGAGGAUGAGAGGUUGCAGCAGCCCAUCCCUAAGCUCAACCCGCCCCCAGCCAUCCUGCGGAAGAGGUCGAGCAAGACCUCCCCGAGCCUGGAGGUGGAACCCAAGCCUGAGAACGCUGCUCCCACGACGCUGCCCAGCCCCAAUGCAUCCAGUCUCACCAACGUCACCACCUGCUCGCUCGCCAGCUCGGAGUUCGAGUCGGACGUCAGGACUCCUGCCCCUGGCACAGAGCUCUUCCCCAACCAGGGGGCCCGGCCAGCAUGGGGCAAGGACAGGACUGGCAAGAACAGCCAUGCUUCCCCCAUGUCUGGCACCUGCCAUCUUUCAGAAGAGGCCCCUGCACCUGGAGACAUGGCUAGCAAGAACCCAGUGAGAGACCCGGCAGACAUGGCCUGCACCAUGGACAGCACCUUGCUGUUCUCCUCCACAGGCACCAAAACAUGCUUACACAUCAGCUUCUCGGAGGAUGAGCUGCUGGAGAAUGAGGUGGAUGAGGUCAUGGGGCUCAGCAGGGUCCCUGCUUAGCCUCCCAGUUAACUGGCAGGUGCCAUCACUACCCGAUGUUAGAAUUUAGAUUGGCACAGACCUCAGGGUAACUAGAGUUCUUAGUACUCAGCCCAGGAAGCAGUUUGCUUCCCCUGGCUUUUCUGCAACACGUAGCAGCUAGGCUGGCUUUGUAGCACCCUCUCCAACAGGCUGCUGGGUGCUACAGGACGAGGCCGGGUUAGUCCAGGCCCCCUGGAGCCCCCCAAGUGGUCACAGGCCGUGGGCUGCAGACAUUGGCUUGGAGAGCAAUGCUACAACCAUCCUUCAAGCCCUCUGGUGGCCGAGGGCCUCUCCUCGUCCAGCCGGCCUGCCACGGGCACAGUCCAGUGAUGCACACGCAGCAGGGUACCCCUCUGAAACGCUGCCCCGCUGCUCUAGAAGGGCGCUGCUCCUUUGCUGCCAUGACUCUCCCUGCCCCAGUCAUGGUCGGCUGCUGUGUCUGCCGGACAGCGCCAUCCUCCGCCCAUGGAGCGCCACACCCCAACCUGCCAUUCCCACUGCUCUCCGGCUGGGAUGCCCCAGGGCUGCUGCCCCACUAAACUGGCUGUGGGGCCAGGGCAGGUGACGCUUGUUUACCCUGGCCAGAGGAGGCCAGUCUGUGUUUGCUCCCUUGCUGCUAAGCCCAGCCGGGGCCCAGGUCUAGCCUCCCCCGCUUCACCAGCACUGGUGUCUGACUUGUGACAAGCAGCGUUCCCCCAAACUGUGCGAUAGGAGUCUCUUGGCUGGGGGGUAUUAGAUACUGCCUAGCAAGCCCCAAACAGAACAGGGGCCCAGAGGAGAGGGGCACAAGUGCAAAUCCUCCGAUGCUCCACUCCUGACCACUUGGGAAUUGAAUCAGCUUUAAUAUGUAUUAGCUGCUUGAACAGGAAACUCUGCAGCGAUAGGGCUGGGAGCAGGCAGAGCAGGAUGGGGUGCUGGCAGGCUCUUUGAAAUGCCCAAGGCAGCCCCAGCUGCGAAGGGGGAGACUAGGCUGGAGAAUACCCUUGGAAGCGGUCCGUGCAGCACUAUGACCCUGGGUUGAUUGACAAUCCAAGUCCACUGGUCUCCGCAAAGCAAUCUGCAUCUGACGGGGACAGACAGGUCCAGGAUGUGGACCUGUUAUGCUGGUUCCAGGGGUCUGUUCCCUUCUCAUACUGAUCCCCAUUGGCUAACGGGACACGAAGAACAGCUGCUGUUUGGUAGUGGCAUAAAUAGCUGGGUACAGACUAAUCCAGCCACUGUUACCAAGGCCUGAGAGUUCACUGUAUCCCCCCUAGUAGGGAUUGGGACCAUCCCUUAUAGAGGUCACUGCACUGGCUUCCAGACCCAAGCCAUCUAAGGGUUUGAUUGGGAGGGCUGCUGAUGCUAAAAAUCCAUUGCUAGCCACUUCCCCCACCCCCAGGCCCUCCUGGGAAUGGAGGGGCAGGAGGCACCUCGUUUCAUUUGUAGUAUGGCCACCAGACCCUCCCAGCCUUGCAGCCCAGCUUGUAUGCAUGUGACGGGGGCUGUGCAUCCUACUGGGGACAGCGAGGGGCUUCUUCCUGCGCCCUGGGGAGUCUGCUCUGAGCACCUCACCCUGCAGCAUUGGCUUCCAGCGUCCCUGCUGCACACUGUGGAAGCGACUCCUACUCAUCGAGCUCGGCCGUGUUCCCGCUGACUGCUGCAUGGGAGGAACUCAGUGCUCUCCUCUGAGUGCCCAUGCCAGGGUAGCUCGGAAGGGGGGGGCCGCUCGCCCAGGCAGGUCAGUAGUGGGUCGUUCCACCCCCCAGCCACAGGCAUGUAGGAGCUGUGCUCUGAUGUGCAAACAGCUGCUUUGUUGCACAUUCUGACCAUGGGGGGAGGGAUUGGUCUGAGGUUUGGGCGGUUUGCCAGGUUAUGGAUCAGUUUUUAGGAGUAAUGAAAUGUGGGGGGCGGGGGUUGGGGGCUGCCCAUAAUGUUCAUGCUGUGAACUCUGGGGGAGCUUUGCUGCAAAGGGGUAACCUAGGCCCAGGGCCGUGUUAGGUGCAGUUUAGACAAGGUGGGGUUAAGCAGAUAUACCCCCACCCCCGACUGCAUGGUGAAAGCUUCUGCAGGUUGGAGUAAGGGAAGUGGGCAGGCUGCGGGUGGACGGGCCGUGCAGCGUGGGGCAAAAUGCAGCUCUGGGCAGAGGAGUCAGAGCAAGGCUUCGUUACCACUUCGCGCUCCCAAGGGCUAGGCACCACAGGGGCCCUCCUUUAGGCUGGAGGGAGACUCGCAUGGUGCCAGCCUUGGGCUGUCUGUGCCCAGGGUGAUGCUGCCCUGGCUGAGGACGUGCGGGGUGGAUGGCGAAUGUGUUGAACCUUGGGCUGGAGGGUGGCUUGCGGGAGAUCAGCAGAGGGGAGGACUAAGAGGGGCGGCUGUUGAGUUAGAUCCAGGGGAUGGAUCGGCCCGCACAGCUUUGGUGAUGCGUGGACUCUGCUGCCUGUCACCAAGGACCAGGCCAGCUCCAGCUGGGAUGUAUUUCAGUCCGCUAGGAAACACACGGACCUUGUGGUGGGACAACAGAGGGGUAGGCGGUUUGUUACUGGACUUGGAAGGCGAUAAAUGCUGUGUUCUGCUCUCCCGGCGCCGUGGGAUUUCCAUGCAGCGCCCUGUUGCCGGACAAGCGGACGGGAGCCGGUGCUGUAAUUACAGAUUAGUUUUCCACUGG